UGCUCUUCCUCGAGAUCUUCCUCCUCCUCUUCUUCUUCUUACGACGACGACACCCACCAUGGGGCGCAAGAAGCUCGCAAUGAGGCGAAUCGACAACCCUACUUCCCGACAACUCACUUACACGAAGCGCAAGGAUGGCAUCGUCAAAAAGGCCGGCGAGCUCUCGGUUCUAUGCGACACGGACGUCGCCCUCAUCAUGUUUUCGCCCUCCGGCCGCCUUACGAGCUUCGCUAGCAACGGAAGAAUUGAGGAUAUCUUCCUUCGUUUUGUUGACAGGCCUGAUGAGCUAAGAGGAGGGCCUAUUAAUCACGAAGAGUUCUUGUCUCAAAAGUUGAAGCAGUUGAAGUAUGAAGGUGAAAUGCUGGAAAAGAUAGCCAUGUAAGAAGCCCUUAUGCUUUUAAGCUUUACCUUCACUUUAUUGUUUUUAUAUAAUAUAUAUAUU